CUCAUUUUAUUUUUUUUAAAUCUUCAUUUACUCCAUUUUCUGCUUCCUCAGCCCUAAUAGCACUAAUAGACACACACAGACACACAGACACUGUCCAGUCAUCCUUAUGCUUUGUCUCCAAAGGCUGUAAGGAUGUGAGUGUGGGGAGGGCGUAUAUAAGGAAGGCCACGGGGAACGGACCGUUGUGGAGUCGGAACCGGGCCCGGAAGGCUGAAGAGCCCAGAAACACAAGGCGAGCCAGCAGAAGCAGCCGCGAUCAAACUCGCAGCCUGCUGUCAUGGAGACGGCCGUGUGGUUCAUCCUCCUGGGGCUCCUGGCCGUGGGCGGAGUGGGACACGAGCUCCAGGACAACGGGCACCUGGAGUCCAGCGACAGCCGGCACGGCGACCCGAGAGACGGCCUCACGGAGACGCCAGCGGGGGUCCUGGACAGUCACAAUAAUGGGAGACACGGACUGGACGAGCGAGUCCUGACAGCUGUGCUGCGCUCGCUUUUCCAAGGGUUCGAAAGGAGUGACCGCAACCCAUCGAUCCUGUACCAGCCACAGAGGUUUGGGCGUGGUGCAAGGGGAGGUCUUGGUUCCGACAGGCGAAUGCACUCUCAGGACUGGGAGAUGGCACCGGGGGAGAUCUGGAGCAUGGCGGUGCCACAGAGGUUUGGCAAGAAGUAGGGAGGAGGCGAAAGAGAGCUGAGGGUCAGCUGCAGGGGAGCGGGAAGAAUUCAAACACCGUGAAUAAGACAUCCACACAUUCAUUAGAAAAUAUCAGACCUCUGUCUCCAAACAUUUCAGUGUCACACCUGAAGCCCCGCCCACCUUCAUCCUGGCCAAUGACAGCGCUCUACUGCAUCCACACCCACUGACUCAUAAGCUGGUCAGUGAGACCAGGAAAAAAAAAUCAAGAAUGGAAUAAUACUGCAUUUGCUGUAAAUAGGCUAUUAACUGCAUUCAAUAACUGACAAACUCCUUCCUGUGUUUGUUCAAUGGAAGCUUGUAAUGUGUAUUCCUGUCCU